AUGCCGCUGCUGCUGUUGCUCCCUCUGCUGUGGGCAGGGUCCCAGGCUCAGCAUGGGAGAUUCUGGCUGCAAGUGCAGGGGUCUGCGACGGUGCAGGAGGGCCUGUGCGUCCGUGUGCCCUGCACUAUCUUCUAUCCUCAAGUCAAUGACAGUAACACUGACCCAGUUUAUGGCUACUGGUUCCGAGAAGGGGCAAGUCCACACCAGGAAGCUCCUGUGGCCACAAACAACCCAGAUCGUGAAGUGCAGGAGGAGACUCAGGGCCGAUUCCACCUUCUUGGAAACCCCCAGAUCUAUGACUGCUCCCUGGACAUCAGAGACACCAGGAGGAGUGACUCUGGGACAUACUUCUUUCGGGUGGAGAGAGGGUCUUUUCUGAGAUAUAAUUACAGACAGAACCAGCUCUCUGUGCAUGUGACAGCUCUGACAGAGACACCUGACAUCCACAUCCAGGAGACCCUAGAAGCUGGCCACCCCAAGAACAUUACUUGUACUGUGCCAUGGGCCUGUGAGAGGGGGACGCCCCCCACCUUCUCCUGGAUGGGGGUCGCCCUCACCUCCAUGGGCUCCAAGACUCCCCACUCCUCAGUGCUUACCCUCACCCCAGAGCCCCAGGACCACGGCACCAACCUCACCUGUCAAGUGACAUUCCCUGGAGCUGGUGUGAGCACGGAGAGGACCGUCCAGCUCAACGUGUCCUGUGAGUGCCAGACCAGGAUGGCCAGGUCCCUGAGGGCAAUUACUAUGGUGGAAGGGGAGGCAGAGCCUGUGAUAGUGGGUGCUGGGUGCUGGGUUCUGCAAGUUGGCUCUGGGGAGGAAGGAAAGAGGACAUCCAACUCCACCCACUUCCUAUUUCUAAAGUUCUGGGGGAAAAGGCCCAUCACCCACCUUCCUGCCUUUGAACAGGGAACAAUAUGUCUGUGUGUCCUGAUGUGCUCCUGAACCCGACCUCCAGCGUGUUCCGGAAAGAAAGCACAAGUAGGGCGAACCUCUACUAUCUGGGGGCUGUGGUGGAAGUAGGGUCUGUCUCCUCCCUUCAGAGCAGAGGUGGGGUUCAGAACUCAGAUGGGAGAAAGGCUCAGGCCAGGUGUGGGCACAGCAGAGGUGGGAAGCCCCCACUCGAUCAUCAGCUCACACACUGGCUUCCCGCCUCCACUGACCCUGCUCUCAGGGGUUUGCACAUCCAAGGUUGUACUGUCCCCAUGCAAGGGAUGCAUCCUCGUCCCAAAGCCAGCCCUCAUUCUCCUUAGGAUCUGGACCCCACCUACUCCUCCAGCCUCCCUGGAUCAUUUUAAUGUUAGUGUUAAAAUAGGAAGCAUAAAAAAUGUCUUAG